GUCUGUACUGGAGCAAAAAGUGAACAACAGUCAAAGUUGGCAGCACGGAAAUAUGCUAGAAUCAUUCAAAAGCUUGGUUUUCCAGCCAAGUUUAAGGAUUUUAAGAUCCAGAAUAUAGUUGGUUCUUGUGAUGUUAAAUUUCCUAUUCGACUUGAAGGCCUUGCAUAUGCCCACGGUGCUUUCUCAAGUUACGAGCCAGAACUAUUCCCUGGAUUAAUAUAUCGCAUGAAACAACCAAAAAUAGUGCUGCUUAUUUUUGUUUCUGGGAAAAUUGUCAUCACAGGAGCUAAGGUUAGAGAUGAGACAUAUACUGCCUUUGAGAACAUAUACCCAGUUCUUACUGAGUUCAGGAAGAAUCAGCAAUGAGUUGAGAGACUGUUACAUGCAGUGGAGCAUCUGCUAUGACUGACUGCAGGGUGGUUCAUAUUUGGAGACUUCUUUGUUUUUCUUUAACUGUAGAUAUUCUAUAAAUGAGGCAUCAGCUUUUAUGGACGUUUGUUUAAAUUAAAACUGAUAGGGUGGAACUUUAGGAGGAUCCCGAUAACUGUAUUACUUCACUUGUAGCAUAUCAUAAAUUCAAUUGGGGGAGAGAAAAAAAAAGGGAGCUGGUCGUUGGUUCCUUAUUCUCGUAGUUGUUGAGUCUUAAUGUUUUAAAGCGGUUUUUUGAUUUAGUUCUCCUCAGUCGGACCUGAAAAGUAUUUGUAUUACUUGCCUUCUUUGUCGAAAGUUUUUCCUGCUCCUAAAUUAUAGCUUUAUGUACAAAAAUAUAGUUGCCUCUCAACCGGGAAUCAUCAGCCAACCCAACUUUGAAUGAAGUGAGGAAUACUUUCUCA